AUCUCGCGAUGUUCGUUUUCCGACGUGAGCUACAAAAUGUCGGGCAUGUUCAAGAAGCCAAAACGGAAUUUUAGAAAAAAAUUGUCUGAAAAUAAUUCAGAUGAAGAGAAUGGGGACUCUUUUCCGAAGAAAAAAGAAUGCAUCCCUUUCCUGGAAGAUGUCGACGAGAUGGCAAUCGAUAAACCCAUAGAAGUUGAACAGAAAAAUGAAGUAAAUAAUGUAAAAAAAGUGAAGAAAAAGAAAGGCGCCAAGGAAAAAUCGAUCACAGCUCCGACUGUACUCAGUUUUGACCAUGACGAAGAUGCGGAUACUGAAUUUUUUAAAGUAAAGAAAUCUACUCAAAGUCGUAGAUUAGCGAAGCAACUGAAGAAAGAGAAGAUUGUUGAAAAGGAUGAUAAGGAGAUUAAUCAAGGUUCAACGAGAAAAGAUCGCGACUCUGAGCAAGACAUUAAGGAUAAAAGCAAGGAUAAAGCGGACGAAAAAUUAAAGCAACUAAGGGAAGAGUUACGUACCAUGAAUGGUGAUGAUGCAGAGAAUUUAGAAGGUAGCGACGACGAAGAUGAACAACAUACAUUUAGAGCCAUGUUAGCUCGAGGUGAAAUUCCUGAUGCUAAAACUAUUCACAUGAUUCGUAAACAACGACAACAGGCAAGAAACGAUGAUUUUUUACCUCUAGAAGAGUCCGAACAAGCUGCACAGAAAAAAAAAGAAUCCAGGCUAGUCAGGGAUGAUGAACAUGAUCGAAGUGAUGAUGAAGAAGAAGAAAGGGUUGAUUUUACCAUCAAUAAUGCUGAUCGAGAACGUCAGAGAAUGAGAGAUGAUUUCUUAGCAGCUGAACAUGGAAGUGAUGAAGAAAGUGACCACGAACGAGAAUGGGAAGCACAGCAGAUCAGAAAAGCAGCGUUGAUGCCUGGUCAAGAAGCGCUAACUUACGAACAGAAUAGUUCUAACUCCGUUCCUGAACCCAUAAUUAACUAUAACAUGAAUAAUUUAAAUAGUGUUGCCACGGGUAACGUGGUUCCAUUGACCAAUCAGUUUAAACCAUUUGCAUCUUUAAUGAGGGGGAAGGACUCGUCCAAUAUCACGAUCGAAUCAAUCAGAAAGAGGCUACAGGAGAGAAUGAAUGAAUUGGAUACUGUCUAUCGAACCCACAAGUUGGAAUUAGACCGUUUGGUUCACGAUGUCGAGGAUACGGAGAAGGAAAUGGAAGAGUGCACGGAAAAGGUUCCGGUGUUGGAGAAACAGUACAAGUUUUUCCAGGAAAUGAGGGGGUAUGUUCGCGACUUGGUCGAAUGUCUUAAUGAAAAGGUUCCUACAAUCAACAGUUUUGAAACCAGAAUGAACAACAUCCUCCGUCAACGUGCUGAUAUACUUUUACAGAGACGACAGCAAGAUGUCAGAGAUCAGUGUCAAGAUUAUAUGACAAAUAAGAAACAUCAGGUUGUCAUGGAAACACAAGAAGAACAUUCUCGUCAACGUAGAGUUGCUGAAAGAGAAGCAAGACGGUCACGAAGACGAAGAGCCAGAGAAUCGAAGAAUAUAUUUGGACACCACGAUGGUCUGUCGUCAGACGACGAAGAAAAUCAAUCUGAAAUUUCUAAAUUCGUGGUUGAGAAAGAUGAUAUUAUAAAAGGUACAGAAAGAUUAUUUGAAGAUACGAUCGAUGACUACAGUAAACUGGACAGUGUUAGAAAACAAUUUGAGAAAUGGAAGUUUCGUUAUGAAGAUAAUUAUCGUGAAGCUUAUAUCGGACUGUGUAUACCGAAGCUUGUUAAUCCUUUUAUACGACUAGCUUUGGUUGAUUGGAAUCCUCUUAAGAUUUCUGUAGAUUUUGAAGAAAUGGAGUGGUAUAAUUCGUUAAUAUUAUUUGGUUGCCGUGGUGAAGACGAUAUUACACCAGAUCGUUCAGAUGAAGAUACCAGAAUAAUACCAUCCGUUAUAGAUAAAAUUAUAUUACCUAAAAUAACUUAUUUAUGUCAGCAUGUUUGGGAUCCGAUGUCGACCACACAGACGUCCCGAUUGGUCAACCUGGUACAGAAACUCGUCAAUGAUUAUCCCACUGUUAACGCUAAUAAUAAAAACACACAGUCUUUAUUGAAAGCUAUAGCAGAUAGAAUGAAGAAAUCACUGGAUGAUGAUGUCUUCAUGCCUCUAUAUCCAAAAUCAGUGCUAGAAAAUAGAUCAUCGGGUCCAACCGUUUUCUUUCAUCGUCAACUAUGGUCGUGUAUAAAGUUACUGGGUAAUAUAUUAUCAUGGCAGGGUAUUUUAUCAUCAAGUGUGUUACAACAUCUGUCAUUGGACGGUUUAUUAAACAGAUAUAUCGUACUUGGUCUCUACUCUUCUUGUUUAACUAAAGAAGCUCUCGAAAAAUCACAAGCUAUUAUUUCCACGUUCCCUAAAGAAUGGUUUAUUGACCUGGAAGAAGAUAAAACUUUACCCAAGUUGGAGAAUCUAUGUCGAUAUCUAUUACAAGUUGCUGAUCAGCUUCACAAGAGUAGUAUAAUGGUUAAAGAUAGCGAAAGGCUGGAAAAUAGGAAUUAUAUUAAACAAAUCAGUAAAUUUUUAAUAUUAAUCCACGCCACAGAUCACGCCAUAUUUCUUUCUAACACAUACAGUUUCAAGAUCGGAAAAGUUUAAUCUAACACAGGUUCAAGAUUGGAAAAGUUUAAUCUAACACAGGUUCAAGAUUGGAAAAGUUUAAUCUAACACAGGUUCAAGAUUGGAAAAGUUUAACUUCUCUAACACAUACAGUUUCAAUUUAACUAUAAUUUUACAGAGUUUUACAUUGUGAUGUGAGUUCUAUGACCUGGUCUGGAAAUACAGAGUUUUAUUUCUACCAAAUUAUCAGACAAAUAAACAAGUACUUGAUGGUUUGAACUCUAGAUAUAUUUGUGAUGUGAAUUCCAUGAGGUGGUCUGGAAAUUUUCUGAUGAUUUGAACUUAAAAAAAUUUGUACUGGACAUGGUAUUAAAAAUAAACAUAAAACUACAUUGAAUGAAGACAAAUAUGUGCAGGACUUAUUGACAAACACCAGAGGAAUUUUGCCGGACCAAACUUCAAUACUGUGUAUUUCUAGGGCCGGCUUGGAGCAGAUUGGAUUAAUUGUGUGCUGAGAUAAUUUUCUCUAGUCUUAUCAAUCAAAAUUUCUUUUGUACAUUUUUAAUAAUGAAGAAGACUGAGACCAGAGGAAUUUUGCGGAACCAAACUUCCAAUAUUGUGUAUUUCUAGGACUUGUUUGAAGCCGAUGAGACGAAUUGUUUUCAUGUUUUAGCAACAAUAGGGUAAUCUACUUUAUAUCAAUCUAAACUUCUCUUGUAUAUUUUUAGUAAGAAGUAGUCAUUUCUCGUUAUUGGUGAUGUAAUUCGGAUGGGAUGAAAAAAUGUGUAAUUUAUUAAAAGAAUAUUAAAUAUCCCCAGACGGUUGUAAAUCAAAUUAACUAGAGGCUAUAAAACAUUGUUUUCACACAUC